AUGAUCGAUGGCAACCCACAGGUCGUCCUAGCCAACGACCUCGCGGCUUCGUUUUCCACUGCCACCCAGCCGCUUCGAAUUCCGACGACACCACUGCAGCCUUUCUGUGGCGAUAUCGAAGGAUGGGGUCCCAUAAGUCCCUUUAGGUAUGACCUGACCCCUUGUUUUAUCGAUGUCUGGGUCUCGGUCACUGCCGCCUGGGGUAUUGUGCUGGGUGCUGGUGCCCUGUGGCUGCUUCUGAAGAAGCGGGAACCACAAGCAGUGCCAAAGAACUGGCAUUUCCAUGCGAAACUGGACGUCCUCGGAGUUUUGAUUGUGACUACUGCACUACAAGCAUACCUUGAAUUGGAAUCUAAUGUUCGGCUUUGGGUGUCUGAUUUUCAAUUUUGGACAUCCCUCUUAACGCUAGCUUCGUUGGCUGUGGUAUUUGCUGUCCAAUACCAUGAACACUGGCGAAGCAGACAGCCCAAUGGAGUCGUUCUUUUCUAUUGGGUUUUUUUCAUGGGCACAUACGCUGUUAAACUGCGAUCACUUGUCGCACGCGAAGUAUUUCACAGCAAUCUUCCAUACUUCGUAGUCUUCAAUAUCAGCCUGGGUCUUGCUAUAUUAGAGUUCAUACUGGAAUAUUUUAUCCCAAAGAAAAAGAGUGUGUACGACGCGUUGGGAGCGGAGGACGAGUGUCCUUAUGAAUAUGCCGAUAUUUUUUCUGUCUUGACUUUUGGUUGGAUGACACCGAUGAUGAAAGCCGGUUACAAAAACUAUCUAACACAGGAUGAUAUGUGGAAUUUGCGAAAUCGAGAUACUACAAAAUCUACUGGUGGCGCAUUGGAGGAUGCCUGGAACAUCGAACUUGAUAAAAAGAAGCCCUCGCUAUGGAUCGCUCUCUUCCGAGCUUUCGGUGCUCCCUAUGUGAUGGGUGCAAUCAUCAAAUGUGGCAGUGACGUUCUCGCUUUUGCACAACCUCAACUGCUACGCGUCUUGAUAGGUUUCAUUGAUUCCUACCGCGGUGACCAACCACUACCUGUGGUCAGAGGCGUUGCCAUUGCCUUGGCUAUGUUUUUUAUUUCGGUUUGUCAGACUGUCUUUCUACACCAGUAUUUCCAGAGAGCAUUUGAAUCUGGAAUGCGUGUAAAGUCCUCUUUGACAUCCCUCAUCUAUGCCAAAGCCCUUAGACUAUCAAACGAAGGUCGCUCAGCUAAAACAACUGGAGACAUUGUUAAUCACAUGGCUAUUGAUCAGCAACGUCUCGCAGACCUGACUCAGUUUGGAACACAGCUCUGGUCUGCACCAUUCCAAAUUGUCCUUUGCAUGGUUUCCCUUCACCAGCUUGUCGGCAAUAGCAUGUGGGCUGGUAUUGGAGUCAUGAUCCUCAUGGUCCCUCUUAAUGGAGUUAUUGCCCGAAUGAUGAAAAAGCUGCAGAUCAUUCAAAUGAAAAACAAGGAUUCCAGGACACGACUCAUGACUGAGAUCCUGAACAAUAUGAAGAGCAUCAAGUUAUAUGCUUGGAACAAGGCUUUUAUGGGUAAACUCAAUCACAUUCGUAAUGACCUUGAGUUGAACACCCUUCGAAAAAUUGGUGCCACGCAAGCUGUUGCAAACUUCACGUGGUCAUCAACGCCUUUCCUGGUGUCCUGUUGCACCUUUACAGUGUUUGUUCUUACCAAUGAUAAGCCUUUAACGACUGAGAUUGUCUUCCCUGCACUGACUUUAUUCAACUUGUUGACUUUCCCUCUCACUAUCUUUCCCAUGCUUAUCACUGCAAUCAUUGAAGCUUCAGUCGCCGUGAAGCGUCUUACCGAAUACUUUACAGCGGAUGAACUCCAGUCAGAUGCCGUGCUCUUCCAAGACGCGGUAACUCACAAUGGAGACGAGUCCAUUCGAAUUCGCGAUGCAUCUUUUACUUGGAAUAAACACCAGGCUGGCAAUGUUUUGGAAAAUAUCAAUCUAAGCGCUCGCAAAGGAGAGCUCACAUGUAUUGUUGGCCGUGUAGGCGCGGGCAAAUCAUCACUGUUACAAGCGAUCCUUGGUGACCUAUGGAAGAACCAUGGAGAAGUAGUUGUUCGUGGUCGAAUUGCCUAUGUCGCCCAACAAGCCUGGGUUAUGAAUGCCAGCGUCAGAGAAAAUAUUGUUUUCGGCCACCGCUGGGAUCCUCAUUUUUACGAGCUUACCAUCGAGGCUUGUGCACUGGUGACCGAUUUCAAAACUCUUCCUGACGGUGAUCAGACGGAGGUUGGCGAGCGAGGUAUAUCGCUUUCUGGAGGACAAAAGGCCCGGGUAACACUUGCCCGAGCAGUAUAUGCACGCGCUGAUAUUUACCUUUUGGACGACGUUUUAUCUGCCGUGGAUUCCCAUGUAGGACGCCACUUGAUCAACAGAGUAUUGGGACCUAAUGGUGUGCUUAACGGCAAAACUCGUAUCCUUGCCACCAACGCCAUUACUAUUUUACAGGAGGCAGAUUUCAUCGGCUUGCUUCGGGAACGUACUUUGAUUGAGAAGGGAACAUAUGAACAGUUGAUGGCAAUGAAAGGUGAAGUUGCCAAUUUAAUUCGCACAACGUCCAGUGAUGAUGAAGAGAAUGAUUCGGAGGCCAGCAAAGACGACAACAAAAGUCCCACUACUCCGGAUUCAACAACUGCUGACGAGUCUGAUCUGUCAGAAGAUGAAGAGGCUGGCGAUGCUGUUGGGGUUCUCGCGCCUAUCAGAUCUGGGGGUGCAAGAAAAUCUAGUAUGGCUACAUUACGACGCGCUAGUACUGCCAGCUGGCAUGGCCCACGAAGAGAGACUACCGAUGAAGAGAACGGUCUGAAAACAAAGCAGACGAAGGAGAAAUCCGAACAGGGUAAAGUCAAGUGGAACGUUUACGGUGAAUACGCCAAGGAAAGCAACCUGUACGCUGUCAGUAUUUACCUCUUCACGCUGCUAGCAUCUCAAUCCGCCCAGAUCGCCGGUGGUUUCUGGCUCAAGAGAUGGUCGGAAGCCAAUGAAAUCGCAGGUGCCAAUCCAAAUGUUGGAAAAUAUAUCGGAAUUUAUUUCGCCUUUGGCCUCGGAUCAUCCGCUCUAGUCGUUUUGCAAACUCUUAUCCUGUGGAUUUUCUGCUCUAUAGAGGCAUCCCGCAAGUUCCAUGAACGUAUGGCAUAUGCUAUCUUUAGAUCUCCAAUGGUCUUCUUCGAAACCACACCGUCAGGACGAAUUCUCAAUCGAUUCUCGAGUGAUAUUUAUAAAGUGGAUGAAGUGCUAGCUCGGACCUUCAACAUGCUGUUCGUAAACGGGGCUCGUGCGAUGUUUACGAUUGGUGUCAUUUCUAUAUCAACUCCCGUGUUUCUGGUUUUCAUAAUUCCACUUGGAAUUGUGUAUAUUUCCUACCAAAAGUACUAUAUCAGGACAUCUCGCGAGCUUAAAAGAUUGGACAGUGUCAGUCGCAGUCCUAUUUACGCCCACUUCCAGGAAUCUCUGGGAGGUGUAUCGACUAUUCGUGCAUACAGGCAAAGCAAGCGAUUUGUUUUAGAGAAUGAGUGGCGCAUGGAUGCUAAUAAUCGAGCUUACUUUCCAUCCAUAAGUGCUAACAGGUGGUUGGCCGUUCGACUUGAAUUUAUCGGUUCCAUUAUCAUCUUUACUGCAGCUACCCUUUCCAUAAUCUCGGUUACUAGUGGCAGCGAUAUAUCUGCCGGCAUCGUGGGUUUAGCGAUGUCGUACGCUUUGCAAAUUACCCAGUCCUUGAACUGGAUUGUCAGACAAACAGUGGAAGUGGAAACCAACAUUGUUUCUGUGGAACGAGUAUUGGAAUACGCCAAUUUACCGAGCGAAGCCCCAGAUGUGAUAUUCAAGAGCAGACCUACCAUUGGGUGGCCAGCAAAUGGCGGCGUUUCUUUCCAAAAUUAUAGCACGCGUUACCGCCCUGAGCUUGAUUUGGUUCUCAAGAAUAUAAACCUUGAUAUCAAGCCGCAUGAAAAAAUCGGUGUUGUUGGUCGCACUGGUGCCGGGAAAAGCUCACUUACGUUGGCUCUCUUCCGUAUUAUUGAAGCAUCAAAUGGCGGUAUCAAUAUCGAUGGCCUAGACGUAUCUUCUAUUGGACUGCUUGAUCUUCGGGGCCGUCUAGCUAUCAUUCCCCAAGACCCUGCAAUGUUUGAAGGAUCUGUUCGAGACAAUCUUGAUCCUCGACAUGUACAUGAUGAUACUGAAUUAUGGAGCGUACUCGGCCACGCACGUUUGAAGGAGCACGUUGCCAGUAUGGAUGGUCAGCUAGAUGCCGCAAUUCAAGAAGGGGGAUCAAAUCUCAGUCAGGGCCAGCGUCAGCUUGUUUCGUUGGCUCGGGCUUUGCUAACACCAAGCAACAUUUUGGUACUCGACGAAGCAACGGCGGCAGUUGAUGUGGAGACCGAUGCUCUUCUUCAAAGGACAUUACGCAGCAGUAUUUUCAAAGAUAGGACCAUUAUCACCAUUGCGCACCGCAUCAACACUAUCAUCGACUCAGACCGCAUAGUUGUUUUGGAUCGUGGCACUGUCGCCGAGUUCGACACACCAGCCGAACUCAUCCGACGCGGUGGCAAAUUCUAUGAGCUUGUGAAGGAGGCAGGUCUUUUGGAAAGCGAUGCUGUAGCAACCCUUUUGGGCAACAAAUAA